AUGAUGGAGAGAGUUUGGGUAAGGAGAGGUGAGGGGAAGCAAGAUAAAGGGUUGAGGACCAGUGGGGCAUGUAUGGCAGAGCAGUGGGGCAUGUAUGGCAGAGCAGUGGGGCAUGUAUGGCAGAGCAGCGGGGCAUGUCUGGCAGAGCAGUGGGGCAUGUCUGGCAGAGCAGUGGGGCAUGCAUCGCAGAGCAGUGGGGUAUGUAUGGCAGAGCAGUGGGGCAUGCAUGGCAGAGCAGUGGGGCAUGUAUGGCAGAGCAGUGGGGCAAGUAUGGCAGAGCAGUGGGCAUGCAUGGCAGAGCAGUGGGGCAUGCAUGGCAGAGCAGUGGGGCAUGUCUGGCAGAGCAGUGGGGCAUGCAUGGCAGAGCUGUGGGGCAUGCAUGGCAGAGCGGUGGGGCAUGCAUCGCAGAGCGAGCACACCCACGUCCUCCGUGCUUGCCUGCUGUGCGUGGGCCAGUCGGUGCUGCAGGUGGUCAAAGAUGGCAUCGCGAAUGGCUCGCCCGCGAAUGAAGAUGCUGCCCCCCUGCAGGUCGUGGAAGUAGCGGUGGGCAGCAGCGGUGGGCAGCAGCGGUGGGCAGCAGCGGUGGGCAGCAGCGGUGGGCAGCAGCGGUGA